GUGUAGAGACUGGAUUGGAUCCAUUAGACUCACUUCUUUGACCAAGUACUUUACACUGUGAGUGUAACAGUCGGUCAACACUCCCAAGUCCCACACUGAGAUCCGUUAUUCCCGAAAUAGAGAUUCAUCCUCGACAUGGGCGAAUUGGAUAGUCCUAGCUCCAGUUUAUGGCUAGCUUCUAACCCCAGCAAGAGAUGGGGAGAGCUCUUCUUCCUUUGCUACACACCCUUUUGGCUCACUCUUUGUUUGGGAAUUGUUGUUCCUUACAAGCUCUACGAGAGUUUCACUGAGUUGGAGUAUUUGCUUUUGGGUUUGGUUUCAGCGGUUCCUUCUUUUUUGAUACCAAUAUUUCUUGUUGGAAAGGCUGAUAGCAGCUUGUGUUGGAAGGAUCGUUAUUGGGUCAAGGCAAAUCUUUGGAUAAUACUUUUUAGCUAUGUUGGCAAUUACUUCUGGACCCACUAUUUCUUCACAGUUUUGGGAGCUUCAUAUACGUUCCCAUCAUGGAAGAUGAAUAAUGUACCACACACGACUUUCCUUCUCACCCAUGUCUGCUUUUUAUUUUACCAUGUUGCAUCGAACUUAACACUUCGCAGAAUACGGCAUUCUGUUGCUGACUUGCCAGAUAAAAUUCGAUGGGCUGUGGAGGCUGGAUGGAUUUUGGCUCUUGCUUAUUUCAUUGCAUACCUAGAGACUUUAGCCAUUUCUAAUUUCCCUUAUUACGAGUUUGUGGACCGUGCAUCCAUGUAUAAAGUUGGGUCUUUGUUUUAUGCCAUCUACUUCAUUGUAAGCUUCCCAAUGUUUCUAAGAAUUAAUGAGAAACCCAGUGAUCUUUGGGACUUACCCCGAGUUGCGGUAGAUGCUCUGGGUGCGGCAAUGCUGGUGACAAUAAUACUUGAUUUGUGGCGAAUCUUUCUUGGACCAAUUGUUCCUCUGCCAGAAGCAAAGCAAUGUCUUCAACCAGGGCUUCCAUGGUUUCCAGGACAAACCAAUCAAACUUGAAGUAUGCUCGUGAAGACUGGAGGUUUUCACUCACUCAUGGUCCCUCUUGAUGAUUGCUUGUACUUAAAUCUUUUUGACUUCUACGUUUCUGAAUAUUGAUUGGAGGUGUUACUUUCUUGAUAGUUGUUGUAGUGAAGUGGUCUGAUUGAGUAUUUGCUCUCAUGCGUUUUGAUUGGUGAUUAGUGUUAGUAUCUCAACAAAUUAAGAAAAUCCUAGAUUAGUAUAAACUAAAGCUCUAAUGGCGGUUUCCUUUUCGAACUAAACUAAAGUAAAUUAGAGAAGAGUAAUUGUGGAGACAAUCUUUACUGUGUUUACAGUUUGGAAGCAUCUUUCUAAGUUUUGUGAUUUUC